AUGCCAGUGCCAAAUGAAAAAAAUGAGACAAAUAGUCAUAAAAAACAAAGACGAUGGUCAUUGAUUGGAAUUUUAUCAAAAAAAAAGAAAUUGAAAAAAAGUCAAGAGAGUGUAGACUUCUGUCCGUAUGAUGGGAAAAUAAAUCAAAAAGUGGCACACAACAACCACUUAAAACGUUCUACCGACUGUCUUAUCGAGCAGUACACUUGUAGUCCCAGGCUAAUAAGAAGAUGUAAUUCAUUACAGUACACAAAUAACACGUCCACGUAUGCAAAUAUUAACAGCCAAUCUUCAUCUAACGAAUGGAAAACAUCACAACAAUCCGUAUAUAGCUCUAGUUCAAGUGCUUGCUAUAGUGAUAUCGGUGUGUAUAGAAGUUGCGGUAAUAGUAGCCAAUCGUCGCAUUAUAUUAAAGAAGAGGACGAGCAGACACCUUCAGUUUUAAAAAGUGUUCCGUUUAGAUGUUCGUCUGAAAUCGGAUAUUACCAAUAUAAAACUAACUAUAGUAAAAAACACCCAAAACCAUAUGUAAAUCCAAACAAAUUAAUUGGUAAGAAGAUUCCACCUCCUCCUCCCCCCAGAGACCCUAAUAUUACAACGGUUUAUUAUUUUAGAAAUAAUAGACUCAUGUCACGAGAAUCAGAUCCCACGUAUUUUAAACAGGGAUCUAAUGAUAAUAUUCCAGAUAAAGUCAAGACUCUUGUUGAUAACAUAGGAUGUCGAAAUGAAAAUUACACAAAAGAACCACCCAGAAGUAGACGACCCAUUCAAAUCUGUGACGUCGAGACCUUGUCGUCUGAAUCUGAAAAUUCCGUACCCAAAAUUCAAACCGUUGAAGAAGCACUUCAAGAACUGGAGGACAUGUAUAACAGUUUAGGACUAAGUGACGAGGAUCUACUGGACAGAGCUGAACGGCGUGACCUUCCUACAGUACACCAAAACAUGCGAUACCAAAGUUCCGACGAGCUGGACUGUAUAACGGUUAAAAGAGUAUUGCCCAAAACCCGACGGUCAGGCGUACCAGAUAUUAUAUCCGAUGAUAUGGCUUACAGAAGGCUGAAUAAAAAAGAAUCAAAACGGCAAAGUUUUAUUCCUGGAAGUUUCCUCUUAGUUUUACCGACAGUUUAUAAUCUCGAUAAAAUACCUAAACCGUCGUCCGGAGAGCCUGACAUUACACUAGAUGACGUGGUUUUCAGAAGCCAGCGACAGCACCUCAACUUCCUAAAGAUUUCUGAUCCGCAACCGCCGUUUGGAAUACCUCUAGGUCCAAUCGUGAGCGCCGCUCCUUCUGAUUAUUUGCAUGCGGUGCCUGAAGGCCGUUAUAAACCUUCGUUCCACCCUAGAAAAAUACCAGACACUGUUGAAGACGAUUUGGCAUUUCGGUCUCUUAGGAAAGACCAUAAGUUUAAAACUUGUAUUGAUUUUUCGUUCGUUCAUAGAAAUCGAUUCAGAAUUGAUGACCUGAUUCCCAAACUGGAUAAUAAUAGAAUAAAAAACGAUACUCAUUGGAUUAUAAAAAAAAGACCAUCUGAUUACAGCUAUAAUAAAAAAAAACAAGUAAAACUCUCAUAUGACGAUUUGGUCGAUUCUAUCAUAGCUGACAACCAACAAAACUUGAUGGUAGUCAAAAUAAAUCAUCAUAAACCAAUUAUGCUGACAGGAUUCACUUUUACCGAAGCCAAUCAAUUAAGUAAGUCGCUUUUUUGCACGAACUUAUUACAGCAUGAGCCUCAUAAAUUAUGUUUAACGAAUGACACUUGUAUUGCAAACGAUGCACCACCGCUAAAGUUAAAAUUGAUUUGUCCGUUAUCGAACGAACGAAACGCAAACGGAGCGUCGCCCGUUGCUCUAACGUGCUCUAAAAGUUAUCACGUUGCAAAUUAUGCCACUGAUGAGUAUCUAAAAUAUGCGGCUAAAAAAACACCUAGCGCGUCCAUGCAAUUCACAAAUUUAGGUUUGACGUGCAAAAGCGUUGACAAUAAAAACCAACCGAAUUUUAGAGAGCUUAUUAAACGAGAGUACGCCCAUAGGUAUCUGCGGUCGACCGAUAACCGAUCAAAUGAUGGUUUCGUGGUGGUAGGCAAUAAACACGAGCUAGACGAAAAUAUCAAAUACCAAUAUCCAAAAUAUAACGAAGAAGAUAAUACCCGUGCUUGUGCCACAGUCGACCAACCGGCCAAUGUACUCUCCUCCAUCGUCGCCGAGCCAAAGACCGAAUGCCUACACAUCCACAGUGACGAACCUGCACCAGUGGUGUUUGAGUCAGCCUUUUCUUCUGCAAGUGCAUCUGAAAACCGGACUGAGACUUCUAAUAAUAAACAACCUAGUAAAGACCUAUCAUCAUCCCUAUCUACCGUUAGUGUGCCGUCGAUGGAGUAUCCAAACCUUGUGCCCGGAUAUCUGGAGGACGACUGGAAUGUAACUUAA